AUGAAGUUGAAUCUAGCGAACCCCGCAGCUGGGAUGCAAAAGACUGUGGAUGUUGAUGAUGAAAAGCGUCUAUUGCCAUUUUUCGAGAAGCGGAUGGGUAACGAAGUACCUGGGGAUUCUAUCGGCGAUGAAUUCAAAGGAUACAUUUUUAGAAUUUCCGGAGGGAAUGAUAAACAGGGGUUUCCAAUGCUUCAAGGUGUGCUUUCAAAUUCUCGUGUAAAAUUACUCUUCAAAAAGGGCAUGAAAUGCUACAGACAGCGAAGGACUGGAGAGAUGAAGAGGAAGUCUGUUUGCGGAUGCAUUGUAGGUCCACAUCUUUCAAUCCUUAAUCUGGUUUUGGUCAAAAAAGGUCCAAAUGAAAUACCCGGUCUUACAGACGGGGAAAACCCCAGAAGGCUUGGCCCAAAGAGAGCCUCAAAAAUCCGUAAAUUGUUCAACCUCUCCAAAACAGAUGACGUUAAGAAAUUUGUUGUGCGCCGUGCUAUUGAUGGGAAAAGGAAUGUCAAAGCUCCUAAAAUUCAACGACUAAUUACUGCGCAACGACUGCAGCGGAAAAGGAGAUUGGCUGCUCAAAAGAAGGAGAAAUUGGAGAGGGGUAGAGCCGCGGUUAGGGAGUACAAACUGAUGGUAGAAAAAUACACGGCGGAGAAGACUGUCCAGAAAAUGGGUUCAAAUACCCCAUUCAAAAAAUAA